CCUUGACAAAUCAUUCUGUUUCAACGGUGUUGUAGCUUGGUUGGUAGUUCGUUACGGUUUGUUAUAUAUUUUGGUGAAUCGUUUCAUCCAUAUGUUUCAUCCGGUUGCAAUGAUACAUUUAAAGAUUUUCAUCGGUUUGGUUAUUUGUUGUUCAGUUAACGGUUCUUUGUACACCGAAUAUAUAUCGGGACGUUCACUUUACAGACCUUCCAUGGAAAAUAAGCCAAUCAUGGGCACAGAUGCAAUAACUAAAAAAAAGUUGUUAGACGUUUUAUUUGUUGUUGAUAUAUCACGAGCCGCAACUAUAACAGACUUGAAAAACUUCAUUAUCCACACAACAAGAGUUCUUGAAUUAGAGGCGACAAAAGCGAAGAUUGGCGUCUUAUCGAUUCCGUUAAAUGGAGCAAAGCAAAUCAAAUUGAAAGAAGGCAUGGACCACAAAAUAUUCAUCAAUUUGGUGAAGCAACGACUCACUACGGAACAACAAUUGUUCGACCUGAACAAUGUGCCAAAGCUCAUUCCCAUAAAAAUGAGCGUGGCCGAAGGAGGACGCGCAGAUGCAAAGAAGAUUGUAAUCAUUGUGGCAGCUUCUUUUCCAUCGCUCUCUGCUGUAAAAUCUGAUUUGAUAAGUUUAAAGAACAAAGGGUACAUAUUCUUCAUAGUCGGUCUGACCCAAAAUUCUGUUGCCUCUAUUCCCGACCUUAAAAGUUUGGUAAAGGAUCCAAAGACUGAUCAUCUUCAACUUGAUGCAUACCGUCUGCUGACCACAGAUAAAAUUAACGAAGCGAUAAUCAAGGCAUGUGGUAGGGAUCCCUGUCUACCAAACCUUUGCACUAAUAGAGGAGAAUGCGUUUCGACUGCCUUGCCACCGGGCUAUAAAUGUAAUUGCCCUGUUGGGAGAAAAGGAACCUUGUGCCAAUUGAAGGAUAAAUGCAACCCGAAUCCAUGCAACGGUGGGAUUUGCGUAGACCCUCCUAACGAUCCGAAAGUGGACUGCACAUGUUUAGCCGGAAGAACAGGGGACUUUUGUGAGAAACUGACAUGUACUUCAAAUUAUUGUAAAAAUAAUGGAAAAUGUAACGACAUAUCAGGGAAACCAAUCUGCAAGUGUGUUACUCGUUUUCUUCCGCCGAGGUGCGAAAAAUCGAGACCUAACCCGUGCAAUCCUACAACUUGCAAAAACGGUGCAACAUGCAAGCCUUCACUUGACUGGAGAUCUCAAACUUGUCGUCCCUGUAAAGCUGGCUUCACUGGACGACAUUGUGAAACACCGGUUGUCAAGACAUAUUGUCAGUUGAAUCCAACUAUUUGUCAGAACAAUGGCAAGUGCUCAGACUGGGGCACAACAAAUAACUUCAUGUGCGAUUGUUCCGGUACAAAAUGCGGUGGAAAAAAAUGCCAGAUGUGCCAAAGAACGGCAUUGAAUUCGUGUUCGCCGAAUCCAUGUAAAGGAGAUUGCGUUUGUCAGUUGUCGAACACUCACGAGUCCGGCUAUAAAUGCAUUAGUCCUUCUGGAUUACUAGGAAAAGACUGUUCUCUUGGUCGGCCCGCUAUUCAAUGUCUACCUACAAGUAUAUCUAUAGCACUGUCUGCUCAAACUAUCAAUGGCUACCAACAAGGACAAUCUAAUGUGUUGUUAAUUGUCGGACCUCAGUACAACCACCCAACUGCUUGUUCGAUGACAAGAGAUGCUAGUGGAAAUUACCAGACUACAAUUCCUCUCAGCGGAUGUGGUUCCUCUUCGGUGAAUGGAAACAGUGGAAUCACGGAAGUUUCAAACUCUGUUUGGCUCAAAAGUGUCAAUACAGCAUUUGACUUUCCGAUUCCUAUCUUCAAAUUCACUUGUCGAUACGAGUUGAACGACUACAAAGUGGUUACUUCCUUAAAACCUGGACUGGCAGUCGCACAAACAAUAUCUUCCAAAAAUUCGUUGAGGCCUACAGUCACGUUAUGUAAAUCUGCAUCUUGUCCUCAGGCUUGUCCUGCGAGCCUGAAAGUUUCUGAUCGGGCAAUUUAUACUGUUGGACAGAAGAUACAUCUCGAACUUGCAUUAGGACAAUUGAUAUCUCAGGUCAGUGCCUCAGAAGUUACAUCAGUGCAUCAACUCACCAUAUCUUGUUCUUCUGUACCUAACGUUGGAACGCAAAUUAUACUCGUAUCAGCUGGAUGUUUGACGAAUAGUCCAAAAUUUCCGAUCGAACUUCGUCGAAGUGGGAUUUCAGACAAAGCUUGUGUAUCGAUCAAAGUUCCAGUCAUUAAAACAUGUUCUGAAAUCUACAUACGAGCUCAUUUACAAUCGUGCGCAUCCUCUGCACGGGAGUUGUGUCCUGAUCGCUCGUCCUAUUCAUGUGCGACUCAAACCGGUAAGAGAAAAAGACGAAAUACUGAUGAAGACGGUGGCACCAUCCUCAUUGGACCACUGGUGAUUGUCAAUGGCUCGAGAGGUCUCGCGUCCGUUGAACUGUACAUGAACAACAAGCAUUCGAAUGUUUCGGUUGAUAAAAUAGUUUUGCAAGAUGAUUUUGAGACUUCUGCGUUUCCAGCCGUUGGAACAACAAUGUUGUGGAUUAUCUUAAUUGUUGUUGUCGGUUUAUCUUUAGGACUUGUACUUCGUUUGUUAAGCUUGCGUCGUUGGUAAAUUGCUUUGGGGUUAUUAUUCUAGUGUACAUAAUUUUAUUUGUAUAUAUGUUUUUUCUCUUAUACAUAACUUUUGCUUAUUUUACUAUUAAUAUUAAUUUACUAUUAUUACUAUUUUAUUUUAAUGCAUGUUGUAUUGUACAACUAGCCGAGAAUAAAGUUGAUAACCACGUUUA